AUGCCAAUUAUUGGUAUUCGAAAAACUUUAAUCGACAAGCACUUCGAGAAGGUUUAUUCUGAAAAAGAAUUCGAUGAAUUGUUAUUCGAUUAUGGUCUCGAAUUGGAUGAAGUGACAAAUGAACGAAUAGCAUUGGAAAAGGAACGAGGUGAUAAAAAGAAGGUGAAGGCAGAUGAAGGUGUGUGUGAAGAAGACGUCUAUAAGAUAGAACUACCUGCGAAUCGAUAUGACCUGCUUUCGGUGGAAGGUCUUUCUCGUGCGCUGCGAGUAUUUUUGAGCGAAAAUGUGAAACUGGAUCAAGAUUCAUAUGCAUCCUUUAUUGACUUACAAGAUAAACUCCAUCAAAACAUUUGUCGUAAAAGAACCUUAGUGGCGAUUGGCACUCAUGAUCUGGAUACCGUUCAAGGACCAUUUUACUAUGGUGCAGAGAAACCAAAUGAGAUACGUUUCAAACCACUGAACGAAACGAAGGAAUUUACUGCUGAGGAGUUGAUGGUUCAUUACUCGAACGAAAGUCAUCUGAAGCCAUACUUGCCGAUUAUUGCUGGUAAAGAGCGUUAUCCAGUCAUUAGAGACAGUAAUGGUAUUGUCUUGUCUAUGCCACCAAUUAUCAACGCCACAGCCACAGACCUGCAGAAGGCAGUGAUCGUCUUAGAUACGGUUGUUACGUUGUUCAGUCAGUAUUGUGAGAAACCAUUCACAGUUGAAGCGGUCGAUGUGAAGGACGUCAAUGGAAACAUUGUGCAAUAUCCGGAGUUAGCGUAUCGUCAUCAAGAGGUGAACGUUGCUCGAAUCAACACGAAGAUUGGACUGAAGUUGGAUGCAAAGGAAAUGUCACAACUUUUAACGAGAAUGUCCUUAACGGCGAAUGUCUCUGAGAAGGACAAUCAAACCAUCGACCACCAACUUCCAAAAGAGCACACCAUCGCGGAAGCGUUUGAUUUGAAUAAACUUUCGGAUUUAUUACGCCAAGAGGUCGCUAACGCCGGAUGGACAGAAGUUCUCAACUUCGCCCUGUGCAGUAGUGAUGAUGUUUCAACAAAGUUAUGUAAAGCAGAUGGUCUCGAAUCAGCUGUAAAGAUUGCGAAUCCAAAAACCAUCGAAUUCCAGGUAGCUCGCACCUCGCUAUUUCCUGGUCUAUUGAAGACAAUCGCGUCAAACAAAGAUAUGCCGUUACCUUUGAAAUUGUUCGAACUGCAGGAUAUUGUUAUUAAAGAUAAGAAUUCAGAGGUGGGUGCGCGAAAUGAGCGACGUUUAGCGGCGAUAUUUUAUAGUAAAUCGUCAGGAUUUGAGAAGAUCCAUGGAUUGGUGGAUCGAGUGAUGCAACUGUUGAGUGUGAAGUGGUUGGCGGGUGAGGACGGAUAUCGGUAUGAACCAAUUGAGGACACCACUUAUUUGGAUGGACGAUGUGCUGCGAUCAUGAUCGGAUCGAAGGAGAUCGGCAGGAUGGCAGAAGCUGAUCGACUGGCCAAAAGAAAGAUCGAACGUGAAGAGGAGCGACUGAAGGCGACCAAUCGAGACAUGAGUAUGUUCAAGAUGAAGAGUAUGCUCGCCAUCGGCUUCGCAUUCACGGCUUUGCUAUCGACAUUUUCAUCACUCUUCGAAGGUCGUGUUGUGGCCAAAUUACCGUUUACGCCGAUAUCUUGGAUACAAGGCUUAUCGCAUCGAAACUUGUUGGGUGAUGAUCACACGGACUGUUCGUUCAUCUUUCUCUACAUCCUUUGCACGAUGACAAUCCGUCAGAAUCUGCAGAAAGCACUCGGAUUCGCACCGUCCCGAGCCAUGAACCGACAGUCGCAACCGAAUUUCUUUGGCACCUCCAAUAAUGUCUCUCCGAAUUUCAGUUAUUUACGUUGAUUGUUUUCAUCAUUCUCCGGCUAUUCCAUCCCGUAUCUUUAUGUUUAACAGUUAAUAGUUUCCCGUAAACACAUCAUAGUCUAAUCUGUUAUCAUAUUGUCAUAGUUUUCAUGAUUGUUACGUUAUCACCGUCACUGUUAUUACCAUUAUUUUGAUUAUUUGAUAUCGUCAAUUUCAUGAAAUAAAACUCAACAGGCGA